GCCAGUGAAAGAACCAGGUGAGGUUCACAGGUUCAGUUACCAGUCAGUUUCCUUCAUCUCGGGGUGAACAAACUGAACCUGCUUCUAGAAACGGACCCCUGGUGGUGGCGGAAACGCGCCGAUUAUUGAUUAUCUACCGCCAAUAAAGUUAGAAAGAAGAAGUGAGAGAAUCUGCAGGAAGUCACGGAGCUUCACUUUAACAUCUUCACGUCCUGAAGAAGAGGUCUGCAACAGCAUCACAUGGACAGGCAGUGGCAGGAUUCUUCUUCUUGAUGUCUGAGCACCACAGAUAUAUUUAUACAUCGACACCUUGGUUUUGUUACGCUAAAGAGUUUGAGACCAGCAAGGAGGUCCAGACCUGAAGGAACCUCAAGCAGGUUGUUGUGAAGGUGUGAAGGUGUGGACUCUGCUAUGAAUCAGGCUGAGGACCCAGAGGACAGUGUCCCUCCCUCUGAAGCCCCUCUGUGUGGGGGACAUGACAGACAGACCAAAGCUCAGAGGACCCAUCAGGGACCAGGACCUGGACCUGGACCCAGCUGUGUGUCCAUGAAGAGUAACCAGUCUAUGGAUGAUUGGAGUAACUUCAAAGAUGAUCAGUCUAUGGGUCAUCUGAAUAACUUCAAAGAUGGAGCCCGUUCUUUUGACCCAAAAGAGGACCAGGAGAGCUCAGAGGUUCCCACAGAGUCUGCCCAGCAGCAUCAAACACACCUGGACUCCAUCUUCAUGCUGCUGGAGGAGAACAUCCUCACCUUUGUGAAGAACGAGCUGAAGAAGAUCCAGAAGGUUUUGAGUUCAGAUUACCCAGAAUGCUUAGAGAAGGUGGAUGAGGAGGUGCUGGAUGAUGAGCAAAAGAGGAGCAGAGAGGCAUUUGUGAAGAUCUCAGUGGACAUCCUGAGGAGAAUGAAGCAGGAGGAGCUGGCUGAGCGUCUGCAGAGCAGACUUCUUUCUGCAUUUUGUCAGCGUGAACUCAAAUCCAACCUGAAGAAGAAGUUCCAGUGUGUGUUUGAGGGCAUCGCUAAAGCAGGAAACCCAACCCUUCUGAAUGAGAUCUACACAGAGCUCUACAUCACAGAGGGAGGGACUGCAGAGGUCAAUGAAGAACAUGAGGUCAGACAGAUUGAAACAGCAUCCAGGAAACCAGCCAGACCAGAAACAACCAUCAGACUAGAAAACCUCCUCAAAGCCUCAGCUGGAGGAGAAGAACCAAUCAGAACAGUGAUGACUAAGGGAGUGGCUGGCAUUGGGAAAACAGUCUUAACACAGAAGUUCACUCUGGACUGGGCUGAAGACAAAGACCACAAGGACAUACAGUUAACAUUUCCAUUCACCUUCAGAGAGCUGAAUGUGCUGAGAGAGAAGAAGUUCAGCUUGGUGGGACUUGUUCAUCACUUCUUCAGUGAAACCAGAGCAGCAGGAAUCUGCAGGUUUGAAGAGUUCCAGGUUGUGUUCAUCUUUGACGGUCUGGAUGAGUGUCGACUUCCUCUGGACUUCCACAACAAUGAGAUCCUGACGGAUGUCACAGAGACCUCCUCAGUGGAUGUGCUCCUCACAAACCUCAUCAGGGGGAAGCUGCUUCCCUCUGCUCGCCUCUGGAUAACCACACGACCUGCAGCAGCCAAUCAGAUCCCUCCUGAGUGUGUUGGCAUGGUGACAGAGGUCAGAGGGUUCACUGACCCUCAGAAGGAGGAGUACUUCAGGAAGAGGUUCAGAGAUCAGGAGCAGGCCAGCAGGAUCAUCUCUCACAUCAAGACCUCACGAAGCCUCCACAUCAUGUGCCACAUCCCAGUCUUCUGCUGGAUCACUGCUACAGUUCUGGAGGACGUGUUGAAGACCAGAGAGGGAGGAGAGCUGCCCAAGACCCUGACUGAGAUGUACAUCCACUUCCUGGUGGUUCAGUCCAAAGUGAAGAAGGUCAAGUACGAUGGAGGAGCUGAGACGGAUCCACACUGGAGUCCAGAGAGCAGGAAGAUGAUCGAGUCCCUGGGAAAACUGGCCUUUGAUCAGCUGCUGAAAGGCAACCUGAUCUUCUAUGAAUCCGACCUGACAGAGUGUGGCAUCGAUAUCAGAGCAGCCUCAGUGUGCUCAGGAGUGUUCACUCAGAUCUUCAGAGAGGAGAGAGGACUGUACCAGGACAAGGUGUUCUGCUUCGUCCAUCUGAGUGUUCAGGAGUUUCUGGCUGCUCUUCAUGUCCAUCUGACCUUCUUCAGCUCUGGUGUCAAUCUGCUGUCAGGAGAACCUGGACCAUUGAGUCUCUACCAGAGUGCUGUGGACAAAGCCUUACAGAGUCCUAAUGGACACCUGGACUUGUUCCUCCGCUUCCUCCUGGGUCUUUCCCUGGAGACCAAUCAGACUCUCCUACGAGGUCUGCUGACACGGACAGAAAGUACCUCACAGACCAAUCAGGAGACAGUCCAGUACAUCAAGGAGAAGAUCAGUGAGAAUGUGUCUCCAGAGAAAAGCAUCAAUUUGUUCCACUGUCUGAAUGAACUUAAUGAUGUUUCUCUAGUGGAGGAGAUCCAACAGUCCCUUAGAUCAGGACGUCUCUCCUCAGAGAAACUGUCUCCUGCUCAGUGGUCAGCUCUGGUCUUCAUCUUACUGUCAUCACAAGAAGAUCUGGAGGUGUUUGAUCUGAAGAAAUUCUCAGCUUCAGAGGAGGCUCUUCUGAGGCUGCUGCCAGUGGUCAAAGCCUCCAACAAAGUUUUACUCAAUGGCUGUAACCUCACAGAGAGAAGCUGUGAAGUUCUGUCCUCAGUCCUCAGCUCCCAGUCCUCUAGUCUGAGAGAACUGGAUCUGAGUAACAACGACCUGCAGGAUUCAGGAGUGAAGCUGCUGUGUGAUGGACUGAAGAGUCCACACUGUGACCUGGAGACUCUCAGCCUGUCAGGCUGUCUGAUCACAGAGGAAGGCUGUGCUUCUCUGGUCUCAGCUCUGAGCUCCAACCCCUCCCACCUGAGAGAGCUGGACCUGAGCUACAACCAUCCAGGAGACUCAGGAGUGAAGCUGCUGUCUGAUGGACUGAAGGAUCCUCACUGGAGACUGGAGACUCUCAGGGUGGAGCCUGCUGGAGUCCGAUGGAUGACACCAGGUCUGAGGAAGUGUAAGUGAGCUUUGAGUUGGAUUCAUCACACUGUGACAUCACUCAUUCACCUCUGUGAUGUCACUAGAUGAACACAUGAUUAAUAACUGCAGCUGUAUUGUGUCUUGUUCUCUCAUCAGAUUCCUGUGAACUCACAAUCGACACAAACACAGUAAACAGAGAACUCAAACUGUCUGACAACAACAGGAAGGUGACACGUGUGAAGGAGGAGUUUCAGUCAUAUCCUGAUCAUCCAGACAGA